AUGAAUGAAAUUAUUGUGAAUGGGCAAAAGAUUAUGGAAAAUCCAAAAGAUCCUGACAAAAAUAUACAAGAGAUUUUGAUUGUUGUUACAAAAAAGAAUCGGAACAGAUCAAAAAGAAGGAAAAAAUCAAAAUAUCAGGCUCUGGAGAAACCAGAGUCAUAUAAUAAGUUAACUAGAUUUUUAAGUUAUUCUGACCUUGCAUUUGAGAGUGUAAAACACAUACGCAGCUCAGAAUUAUCUACAAAAAGAUCAAGGCUUCCUAAUUACAUCGUAAGUAAUGAAUCCGAACAGGAAUCUGAACACAGUACAACAAACAAAAAUGCGUUUAUUAAUCCUGUUCAAAAACCAAGGUUCAAAGUUUAUAGAUGUCAGAUGAACACACAAGAAGAAGGCUGUUGCUGUAAUUGUAACUCUGACGCUAUGUUCGAAGUCAUGAAAAGUCUUUACGAUUGCUAUAAAAAAAAGAAUUGCGAUAAUUGCAACUGUAUUCUUUGCGGUCAUUUGCCUAGAGAAGAAAGACGUCUAGCGGAAAUGAGAAAGUCUACUGGUCGAUUAACAUCUAUUCCGUCGGAAACGGCUAGCGCAAAAGAACGUCGAAAAGAUAAAGUUAAGAACCUUGAAAAAUCAAUGGUGGGAAAAUCAGCAGUGGAAAAAGAGAAACUGUUAGAAGAAGCGGCUAUGAAAGGUAUACCACUUCCGGAGGGGAAAACUGCUUCCGAGAAAGAAUUAAUAAAAAAAGUUAAAACAAAACUAGGCAUGCCACAAGAACCCAAAACUGAAGCUGAAAAAGCAAAACUACGGAAAGCUGAAGCUGCUGGAAUGAUCAUACCUCUCGAAGGCAAAUCUAUGGCAGAGAAGGAAAAAAUUCUAAAGAAACAAGCUGAAUUGGGCAUACCUCUUCCAGAAGGAAGGACUCCAUCGGAAAAGGCUCUGAUACAAAGAAUCAAAACUGGCGCUGGUUUACCAUCCGUGAAAAUGAAACCAUCUGAGAGAAUACGUAAAGCAAAAGAAGCUGGAUUACUAACUCCAUUAGAAGGCAAAACCGCCGAACAAAAAGAAAAAAUAAUCAAAGGACUAGCAAUGUACGGUAUUCCCUUACCAGAAGGUAAAACAGCAUCUGAAAAAAAAUUAAUAAAUAAAGUGAGAGAUGAGUUGGGUUUGCCACCAGAACCAAAAACAACAGCAGAGAAAGAAAAGUAUGCUAAAGCCCAAGCUGCUGGACUUAUAAUACCAUUGGAAGGAAAAACGCCAGAACAAAAAGAGAAAAUUCUAAGAGGUCAGGCUGCAUUAGGUCUUCCCCUGCCUGAAGGAAGAACUGCAUCAGAGAAAGCAUUAAUAAAAAAAAUUAAAGCCUCUACUAAAGAACCGUCGAUCGCAGCAAAACCAUCAGAAAGACUACGAAGGGCUAAAGCAGCCGGUUUUGUGACACCUCUUGAAGGCAAAUCACAAGAACAAAAAGAAUAUAUUCUUAAGGGCUUGGCUGCACAUGGUGUUCCACUGCCAGAAGGUAAAACAGCAUCUGAAAAAAAAUUAAUAAAUAAGGUGAGAGAUGAGUUGGGUUUGCCACCAGAACCAAAAACAGCUGCGGAAAAAGAAAAAUAUAACAAAGCAGUGGCAGCCGGUAUUAUAGUACCCCUUGAAGGGAAAACGAACGCCGAAAAGGAAAAGAUAUUAAAAGCACAAGCAGACAUGGGUAUAUCUCUCCCAGAAGGUCGAACUCCUUCUGAGAAAGCCUUAAUAAAAAAAAUUAAAAGCGAGAGAAAGAAAAAAUCUGUCGGUGUCUCUGUUGGAAAACCUGCACUACCACCUGAAAAAGCUAAAGAAUUAGAUGCACAGACCGCAAAAGUAAUGACAGAAGGCAAAGGACCUAGCGACGAAUGUAUUUGCGAUCUUUUAACACCUGAGAGUGAAAGAGAAAGACGAUUUCCAGGAAAAAUAACUUCAGAAAAAUUAAGAGCUGCAAAAGCUGCUGGUCUUUUAACACCUCUUGAAGGUAAAACUCCAGAACAAAAAGAAAGAAUAUUGAAAGGACUUGCUAUGCAAGGUCUGCCUUUGCCAAUAGGUAAAACGGCUUCGGAUAAGAAACUUAUCAACAAAGUUCGUGUGGAGCUAGGUUUGCCUCCGGAGCCUAAAACUCAAUCGAUAAAAGAAAAGUAUGCCAAAGCCCAAGCAGCUGGUCUCAUAACUCCUUUAGAAGGAAAAACAAACGAUCAAAAAGAAAAAAUUCUUAGGGGUCAGGCGCAAUUAGGUAUUCCCCUACCUGAAGGACGAACACCAUCAGAAAAAGCAUUAAUAAAUAAAGUGAAAGGUGCAGCUGCACUUGGAACUUCUCUUGGAAGAAUUCCUUCAGAAAAAAUUAGGAAAGCAAAAGCAGCUGGUUUACUAACACCGUUGGAAGGAAAAACACCACAACAAAAAGAAAAAAUUUUGAAGGGCCUAGCAAAAGCUGGUAUUCCUUUACCCGAACCAAAAACCGUUUCAGAAAAAAAUUUAAUUCGGAAAGUUCGUCAAGAAGUCGGUUUGCCUCCGGAGCCCUCAACGCCAUCAUUAAAAGAGAAGUAUAGAAAAGCACAAGCUGCAGGUAUUAUAACACCUUUAGAAGGAAAGUCUCAUACUGAGAAAGAAAAAAUUCUGAAAAAAAUGUAUGACUCUGGUAUACCAUUACCAGAAGGCCGAACUCCUUCGGAAAAGGCUCUGAUAAAAAAGAUAACAGGAAUUACUCCUAUAAAAGUUCCAUCAGAAAAACUACGUAAAGCUAAAGCAGCUGGCUUCCUAACUCCCUUAGAAGGAAAAACAACAGAACAAAAAGAGAAGAUAUUGAGAGGAUUAGCUAAGAACGGUAUACCUUUACCUGAAGGGAGAACGCCAUCCGAAAAAAAAAUUAUUGAUAAAGUUCGAAGGGAAAUGGGCUUACCUCCUGAACCAAAAACAGCUGCGAUGAAAGAAAAGUAUGAUAGAGCCGCAGCUGCUGGUUUGUUGACUCCACUUGAAGGCAAAACAGACUCUCAAAAAGAAAAAAUAUUACAAGCACAAGCUCAAUUAGGUUUGCCUCUUCCUGAAGGUAGAACUCCUUCAGAAAAAGCCUUAAUUGCCAGAGUAAAACGAUCAAUAGUAGCAAUCCCUUCAGAGAAGUUCCGCAAAGCCAAAGCUGCGGGUUUUUUAACUCCGUUAGAAGGUAAGACACCGGCACAAAAAGAAAAAAUUAUGAGGGGCUUAGCGGAACAUGGAUUACCAUUACCAGAAGCCAAGACAGCGUCUGAAAGAAAAUUGAUGGAAAAAGUAAGAAAAGACUUAGGCUUACCUCCAGAACCGAAAUCAGCAAAGGAGAAAAAGAGAUACAAUAAAGCUUUAGCUGCUGGAGCUAUAGUACCAUUAGAAGGCAAAACGAAAGCACAAAAAGAAAAGAUUCUGAAAAAACAAGCAGAAAUGGGUAUUCCUCUGCCAGAAGGAAGGACAAAAUCUGAAAAAGCAUUAAUUGCUAAAAUUAAAGCAGAAACAAAGCCAGAGGUCUCUGCUGCAUCAUUAGUUACGCAAAUACCAUCUGAAAAACUCAGGAAAGCUCAGGCAGCCGGCUUGCUAACACCACUAGAAGGAAAGUCGAAUACAGAAAAAGAAAAAAAUCUAAGAGGAUUGGCUGAAUAUGGCCUACCAUUACCAGAGGGUAAGACCAAAUCGGAGAGAAGUCUGAUCCAUAAAGUUAGAACUGAACUCGGAGUACCUCCCGUACCUAAAACUCUAUCACAAAAAGAGAUCAUUCGAAAAGCAAAAGCCGACGGUUUGUUGACACCUCUCACAGGGAAAACUACUGCGCAAAAAGAAAAAAUUCUGAGAGGAUUGGCGGAAGCCGGUCUGCCUAUGCCCGAAGGAAAAACUCCCUCUGAAAAAGCUUUAGUCAAAAAGGUACGAAAAGCCGCCGGCUUGCCGCCCGAAACGACGCCCUCAGAAAAACUGGGUAAAAUAAAGAAAAGAGGAAAGAAAGGGGAAUCGAUAAAGAAAGGUGCCAAAACUUUAAGCGCCAAAGCAGCCGGCAUCGACGAAGAAUUAGAAGAUAUUACAAAAACAACAAAAUGCGAUCGAGCUUGUGGUUGUGAUAAGAAAAAAAUCCGUUUCAAACAUAGCUACGUCAAAAUACGUGUCACUUCACCGGAUAUAUCGUCGCUCUGCCCCUGUCCUGAAGAAUGCGUACCUGGUGUAAAACACGGAGUUUUCACGGACAGUGAAGGAAUAAAGGUUACCGUGGGCAGUGCCGUUGGAGUCCCAUCUUUUUCAACGAAUCUAUCAAAUAAAAUAAAUCAACCAGAUUUCAUUUAUUUUAACAAGCAUUACUUAGAAGAGUCGUCUUCUGAGUGCACUCUUGGGUAUAGUAGUUCAAACAAACAAAAUUCAUACACUAAAACGACGAGCAGCUUUAUCAAAAAAAAAAAUUUAUGCGAUGCAGAAGAGACCUAUCAAAAUGCAUACUCGUACAUUUACGAUUACGUCUCACGUAUACAACCAGAAUUGUUACAAGAUUACAUUGAUGGGUGUUACGAAGUGCCUUCGACAUCAAUAAGUUACAGAGCAUCUGUAUCUAUAUCAUUAAUAUCGAAAGAAGGGACCGCCACGUCUGGAUCAAGUUUCGAUUCGAUUAUAAUAUACAAAACAGAAUCAUCUUUGAGUCUUCGUACUAAUAACGAGACGAUAGCAACUGUCAGUAUUAUAUCAUUUGUGGACAGCUGUUCGACAUCUAAAUCGAGAGAAUAUUUGUGUUACUCUCACUCUGGAGCGCACAGUGAUCUGACAACCGAAGAAACGGAGUAUUUCACUAAUAUCGUCGACUAUAGUGCUGUUGAUGCACUGCCUAGUAAUAGCGCUUCUUCAUCAGAAGUACCGCAAGAAGAAAAAAAGGGACAAAUUCCAAAUAACAACAUGCACAUUUUUGCAAUGCGCCAAACAGAUAAUAAUAUAUCUACUGUCUAUAACGAUAAAGCUGCAUACAGUAGCAACCAGAAUCAUCCUAUAUUAGUUGUAAACGAUCUAAACAGUGACGAACAAAUUGUUGACAUUAUUGAUAAUAUUUUGAAUCAAGAGUUUAUUGAAGAUAUGUCCUCGGUUUAUCUGAUGAUACCGGCGUCCGAUUAUGAAACCGACUGUUCAGAAUUUAGCUCAACUAUCUGUAUACAACUUUCUGAAAACUUUCCUACUUGGACGAAUAGUGGAAGCUCGACGUACGGAAGAUAUGUAUCAUCUAUGGGAGUAAAGCUGUCUUCUAAAGGUAGAAGAAAUACACCGCGUGGCCUGUUAGCUGACAACCAUGACAAUAAUUUCCGUAAUAACCGCUGCAAUACAUCCUCCGAAGCAUUGUUACGGACCUCUAAAACGCUCAAUAAGCAGUGUCAAGUGAAAUUGAAGAAGACAACGCCUCGUGCUCGUUGUGUUUCAGUAGAUACAGUUUCGGAAAGACCUUGCUGUUGUCCUCCUAAGAGAUUGGAAUCGAAUUAUGGUUCAAACGAUCGAUGCGUGGCUAGCGUUGUUUCUGAACUCAUCACUCCAAUGAUUUUCAAUGAAGGGAUUGCACAAGGUUUAAGCGAAGAAGCUUGCUUACCUAACAAAGGAUCAAGAUUAUUGGAACCGACUCCGGUUAGACACUGCAAAAUACCCACUUGCAGCGAAAGCGCUAAUGCUAAAACGAAGCCUACCAAUAUCAGAUUGCCCAAAUCCAAAUGUCAACCUGGUGACUAUAACCAGGCGUCCAGGUCUUGUAACUGCUGCCCUGAAAAUCAAGUGGAAACGUUCUCUAAUACAUCGAAGCCAAUGAAGUCUACUGGUGUAGGUUGUUCUCCACCGGUUUCAAGGGGGAACUUAGCCGUACUUCCUCCUAGAGCAAAUUGCGGGAUACCAUCUUGUUGUAAUGAAAACUUACCAACUUUAACAACAGCAGAUAAUUUAAAUAAAAACGGUUUAUGUGAAAAUAAUAUGACAAAGGACAAAAAGCUGUGCGCGUGUAAAUUGAAAGCUAAAGCAAUUAAAUUUGAAUCUCCGUGUCUGUGCGGCGGUCGAAAGUCGCCUGCAGAACAUGAGCAAUGUGUGGAAACACCAAAGAAGCAAGCCUGUGUCUGUAAAGAUAAAAAUAAAAAUAAAAAAGUUAUUUGUGAAUGUCCCGAAGAAGAAGAACUCCCAAUCGAAGAUAUCGACAUUGUGCCUGAUGAAAAAUACAUGAGAAAAAUGAAGUCGGACUUGACACAGACUACUUCAGGUUUUAAAUUAACCAAACCGAAACGACCUGUUGAAGAUAAUAUGAGUUUCGAAGAUGCCUUAAUGUAUUACAAGGCUUUUGCAGAAGCAGAAGAUGUACAAGAAGACGAAUCUUGUAUAUGUAAUGAAAAUCAACAAGUUACAAUCAGCAAUAACAUGAUCUGUGAAUGUCCUGACGAACCAUCGGAACCGUUAGAAGAAGAGCCAUUUAGAGGACUAAAAAUAUCUAUAGGUGGAAAAGGCUCGGGUUCUAAAGGACUAACCGGAAUUUGCUGUUUUGAUUUAACUCAAGAAAUAAAUGGGCUUAGCUAA